UCGGUAGAAGAGAAGAUGUUUAAGAGCGAGGUGAAGGCGGAAGGCGAGAGGCUGUCGAGGAAGGUUCGGUUCCGUGUGGCAUCCUCUCACAGCGGGAGGGUGCUGAAGGAGGUCUAUGCUGAUGGGGAGGCCACUGACUCGCUGGACUCUGAAUAUGCCAGUAGCUCGGAGACCGACCAGACCAGCCGUCUGAGUGAGGUGGAAGGGCAGCAGAAUGGACACGUCGGGUCUGAGUGUGAUGAGAAUGAAAACGAGCAGGAUGACUUGCUUAUUUUAGUCAGAGCUGCUAAAGAGAAGGGUUUUGGUACAAAGCGAGUCAACAUUCUCAGCAAAAAUGGCACUGUCAGAGGUGUCAAGCACAAAGUCAGCGCUGGUCAAGCCCUCUUUGACAAUCUGUCAAAAGUAUUUCAGGUGUCAUCAGUGCCAGAAUUUGGCCGUAUAAUAAUUUAUACUACCAGCCUUCGUGUGGUGAGAACCACUUUUGAAAGAUGUGAACUGGUUAGAAAGAUCUUUCAAAACCACAGAGUUAAAUUUGAAGAAAAAAAUAUUGCUCUUAACAGUGAUUACGGAAAAGAACUAGAUGAGAGAUGCAGGAAGGUGUGUGAAGUUCCCUCCCUCCCUGUUGUGUUUAUUGAUGGCCAUUACCUUGGGGGUGCUGAGAAAAUUUUGUUAAUGAAUGAAUCUGGGGAACUGCAGGAUCUCUUAACCAAAAUUGAGAGAGUCCAGCACCCUCACGAGUGCCUCUCUUGUGGGGGCUUUGGAUUCCUUCCGUGCUCAGUGUGCCAUGGGAGCAAGAUGUCUGUGUUUCGGAACUGCUUUACGGACUCAUUCAAAGCCCUCAAGUGUACUGCUUGCAAUGAGAAUGGGCUACAGCGCUGCAGGAGCUGUGCAGGCUAAGAAUGGCAUUUCCACAUGUGCAAACUCAUUUUACUGUACUGCAGCAGUUUGUAAUAUGAUUUUUUUUUUUUUUAAACGAAUCUGUUUAUCUAAU